CCGAGGAUAAAUCCAAUAUGGCGGCGAAAGUGGCCGGAGCUGAGUCAUCAAAAGAAGUUGAAGAUUCCAUUUCUCGUGGAUCAAUAGAAGUUUGUCGCCUUAUGCAUCCUGAUGAUGCCAACUUAGCAGGCAAUGUUCAUGGGGGCACGAUUCUGAAGUUGAUCGAGGAAGGAGGGUUCAUAAUAGCAACAAGGCAUUGCAACAGGAAUCGAACCAAAGACGAGCCCGUUCUGGCUGCUUUGGCACGUGUGGAAAGAACUGACUUUAUACAACCGAUGUUCAUCGGUGAAGUUGCACAAGUUCACGUUCAGUUGGGCUACGCAUCGAAGCGAUCAUUAGAAGUUAAAGCCAGUGUCUGGGCAGAAAAUGUUCUAACCGGAAGUCGUAGAUUGACCAAUCGCGCCUCUCUGUGGUAUGUUCCAAUCGUAAUGGGGUCAGAUGUUCGAAUUAUUCCUGAGGUUCCCGCGUUGGAGUACUCCAGCAAAGAUGAGGAGGAUAAAGGCAAAGAGCGAUACGAACUACAGAAGAGAGCCAGGCUUGAUAAGGAGGAACAUUUCCAAGAGGUACUUGUAAGGCGGUAAAGUGAUGGGUCUUCCAUUUAACCUUUAUACUUAGGACCUAAUAUCUAAUUUCCUUUCAAGCUGCAAGAUAUAUUCUAUAAAAUACAUUGAGAUAAUUUGGUGUUGAAUGAAGAUAACACCCUUAAGCCGAUAAGUUUGUCUUUACUAUCACCUGUCCCAUGACACUCCAUUUUGUAUUCCUGUGUUCAGUAUUUAAGUAUUAGUGAAUUUGUCUUUCAAGGUGAAGAAAAAAAUAUAUUUAAAAAUAAAAAUAAACGAUUAUGUUAGCAGUUUUGUUGUGGUUUAUUAUUGGCCCAUAGCAAGCUUUAGUUGGACUGUGUAACCAAACCCACAUUUUUACACAAUUUAAGGAUAAAGUUCUUUUUUGGAUGUUACAUUUUUUCCUGCCUGUAUACCUUAAAGUACAUUUUAUCUUUGCAGAAUCCCCCAAGCAACAAUGUGGUUUCCCCAUUAGUUCACCCAGCUGGAAAGAAUGUGUCACGUUAUAGUGUGUUGAAUUCAGAAUCAUCAUUGAUCCAUUCAGUACAGCCAUCAGAGUGUACAAAAGCUGGAUUUGUUCUUGGAGGAGUGACCAUGAAAAUGAUGGAUGAGGUGGCAGGAAUUGUGGCAUUUAGACAUUGUAAAACUAAUGUGGUCACUGCAUCCAUCGGUGGGUUUACUUUUCUUAGAGAAAAUAUUAUUUACAUCUGAAAUCUUAACUGAACAAUUUAGAGCAUUGAUAGUCAUGUACUCUAAUUUACAGCAGUUUGAGAUUUCAUGAAAGUGGAUUCCAAAGUACAUGUAUAUUGUCUCCACAUGCACAUUUUUAUAUAACAAUUUAUCCUAUUUGUUACAUCUGGAAAUGUCACCUGCAUCAUUUGUGACUUUGUUGAUAACUUCUGCUAAGGUAGUCAAAAUGUCACUCACCACAAUUUACAACAGUCCUUCUCAGGACAUCUUUCUUCCUGAUGAUCAAACUACCUGUUUUCUUGACUAUUUUGUUCCUUUUCUCAUGGGAAAAAGGCAACUGUUCUUUAUUUAGGAAUACACUUUUGCUAUGGGUAGUUUUCUUGUAACCCUUUAACUCCCAGAUCAAAUUUGUCAUUCUCCUUACUGUUAACUAUAUAAUUCAUACAAUGUUAGUUCAGAGAAUUUAGUAUUGGAUCAACUAAUUAUUUGCAAAUUUAUAUCUUUCUUUACUCUCAUCACUUAUCUGGUUGAUAUUGUAUUGAUAUUGUCAGGAGAAAUUCUGUCUUGGUCACUCAUGAGAGUUAAAGGGUUAAGUUUUAUCCCAGUUUUGAUGAAUUGUUGAGAGGACUUUGUGUUCCCCAAUUUUGCUCCAGUCAUAGUGAGAAAUUGGACUCCAUCAGUAAUCAAAUGGUUACUAGACUUGGUCAUACUGUAGUUGAGAAUAAGGUAAACAAUUCUUUCUUUAGACUUGAAUUUUACAUUUUUUCUUAGUCUGCCCAAAGAGUUUGAUAAUAGCAACUUAAGAGAACUUGCAUGCGCACCGGACCUAACAAUGUCAAUAAUCUCAAAUUUCCUAAUAGUCACUCGUUCUCUACUUUUUCAAUUACUGUGUUUGUCAUUCCAGAUGCCAUUGACUUCCAUGCCCCUGUCAAGCUUGGUCAUAUUAUACAUAUUACUGGCCGAGCAACGUUUACUAGUGCCAAGUCAAUGGAGAUAGAGGUUGUUGUAUAUGCCAAGGACUAUCAUACAGGUACAGUAUUUAGUAACAGUUUCCUGCUCUUCUAAUCAACUUUCUGCUAGUAAUCCUCAUAUGGGGUACUUUGUAAUUGAUUAUUGUAAAAAUAAAACCAUUAUUAUCAUAAAAGGCAUUCAACAUAAAGGUUGAUAUAAGUCAGUCAGUCAGUCAGUAUUUUUCCCUCAUGCAAUGACAUCAGUCAUAAUAUAAGAUUCAGAGUUUAAGUGUGGACCUGAAAUUCACUCACUCGCUCACUCACUUCUGAUCUAUUGAACAAUAUAAGCAUUUAAUGUGGAUUAAACACAUCAUCCCCUGCCUCCCCUUCUAGGUUUGGUCCCGUUCCCAAAGUUGUGCCAUUCUGUUCUGUUCAUAUUUAUGGGGGUGGGACAAAAGCAGAAAUUUUCACAACUGGCAUCUUAAAGCAGAAAAAAAUUAAAAAAUCCUUCAAUCACAUUGCAGUGCAUGACAAUUUGACUCCUUAAAAAUUGUCUGUGUUUACUGAGAAGUUUAUAGCAUGAUUGACAAUUUCAUGGAUUUUCAAUGACCUGUGUUGUUCCUUAACUUAAGAGUUUGGAUCUUAUUGAAAACUGCUGUAAUGUCCUAUUUGUUUAACUUAUAUGUUCUUGUGACACACAGAUGACAGCAUAAGAGCUUGCAGUGCAUACUUCACAUUUGUGUCCCUUGAUGAAAAAAGAAGACCCCAAGCUAUUCCCUCUUUGGAACUUCACACUGAGGAGGAGGCAAGACGUUUUGAGGCAGGCAAUAAAAGAUAUCAAAAACGUAAAGAGAGGAGAGAAGGUCAAAGCUGAAUGAUGGGCUUUGGGAGACACGUAAUCAAACAGGGCCAUGAUUAGUUUGGUUUUAGCUGUGGUUCAUGUAGUUAUUGCAAGAAUCAGUACAUGCUUGCAUUUAUUACACAUAGGUGUGUGUAGUGGCACUCAGUUGGCAUGUACUGCACAUGCAUUGCUUAGGAUUUGCACAUACAUAAAGUGCAUGUAAGGCUGUUUGUAGUAGUAGAAACAGCUUUGCAAAGGCUGUGGGUUAUAAAAUAAAGAUUUUCAGGACACCAGGUAUACAAGUAUACAAGUAUACCUGUGCAGAAUUUAAACUAGGUUUCUCAAGAGUCAACAGAAUUUCAUGUAACAAGACACCUGUGAAAAUGGUUUAAUGUUUUAAGAUAUAAUUUAUUAACUGAUAUGUGAUCAUUAAACUAAGAUAAAUUUGUGUUAGAAAAAGACUUUUUAUUUGCGAGUUUCGGAGAAACAGACUAAAAUUUGUAUUUUUAACUUACUAAACUUUUGAAGAACAGACCAAACUUAAAUACUUAAAAAGUAAUAACAAUUACAUUGCAUUGUUUACCUGAUUACUUGUAGCUGUAUAUAGUUUAAGGUAACAUUUUGUAAUGAGUAAUAUUACUGGUUGUAUUUUUCAUUUUCAUGAAAUAUUUAAAUAAAUAUUUAUGGUCUUGAUAGCAGUUUGAAUCUGUGUACAUACAUGUCAGCACAAGUAGAUUCCUCCA